AUGUCCCUUAUUAAAGCGAAGGGUGUUCUACAGAUCGAACGUGAGGUGGUGAAAGGUCACAAGGGCGGCAGGGGGAUAAUGGGACAAGCCACCGAGGGACAGGCCGGGUCUUGGGGAUUCUUUGAAGCGGGCCAGUCCAACCGGAAGGAGGGGCGAGAGGGGACCGGCUUACUGUGGGAGACCGCAAGCCGAGGGAACAGGGUUGAGGGAGAUGAAGAGGGAAAAGGGGAGUAG